AUGUGGAUUUUCAAAAACGUCAUCCAGAUGAGACCAACGCUCAUCAUCUUAUGUCUUUUUGGCAUAAUCACGACGUCAACGACAGCAUUUGGUAGACAGAUAACUAGAGAAGAGCAAACAGAUUCAGCGGAAGACGUCUCCUCUAAUGAACAGAAAUACAUGGUAGAUCAUUUUGAAUCAGCACGACUAUCGAGGAAUCGAACAAAACUGGUUUCAUCAUUACAAAAACAAAGAUCUGGAAUAUCGGAUAACAUUCCCGAAAGUAGUUUUAAGUUUAGUAAUAGCCUAGUCAAUAAAACAUUUAAUAAAUUUAGUACUGAUAGUAGUAGUGGUAAUAGAAAUAAUUUAACUAGUAACCUAAGUAGGUUACGAGACAAUAAAAGUAGCUCAAAUAUUAGGUUAACAACAUAUAGACCCCGUUUUGCAGGAUUAGCGAAAACCACUCUAGCUCCUAAUUCAACUCCAAGAUCUAGAACAAAAAGUGAUAAAUUUUCCGAUCAAAACGUACAAAGUAAGAAUGAGGAAUCAAACGAAGAAACGCGAUGGAGUGGUAAAGUAAAUACACUGAAUGAUUACGAUGACGAUGAAGCCGAUCCUGAUUUUCUGCCUUUGAGUGCUGGGAAUGGCAAGGAAAGUCCUGUAAGUGAUAGUAAGGAUGACGAUAGUAAAAAGACAUUAUCUGAUCAAGUGAAGGAAGGAAAAUAUGGUUUAAUACAAAAUGAGUUGUUUCAAGAAACACCAAAGAGGCCAGGAAUCAUAAGUUAUGCCACAAACUCUGAAACAGCCAACGACAACAAAAAUACAUUGGGAGGCUUACAACAAGAGGAUAUUUGGUUGGCAGAAAAUUCUUUAUUGGUCUUAAAAGGAGGUGAUUUGAAUUCCAAAACAGACGAUGAACCAUGGAUUCCAAUCGAUGGAUAUAAAUCUGAAAAGAGGCCGGUAAAAAUUCCCACCAACCCAAAAGUGCCCCCUCCUUUUCCGAUUCAAUUAGAUGAAGAUGGACCUGUGCAGUUUCUCGGAAAUAACCCGUUUCCCGUUUUUAAUCCAUUCACGAAUGAAUCCAUUAAUCUUCUGGCACCUAAUGGCCUUCCUCAGGCUGAACCUUAUUUUAAGAAUUUUCCAUUUCCUCUCCCUCCUCCAGAAAACUUAACUAACACAUUCAUACCACCUCCAUUGCUACACUCUUUAGUGAAUCCUAAUCAAACGUUUAUUAAUCCAUUUAUUAAUUUUCCCGCCCCACCAUUUGGUCCACCCUUUGGGCCAAACAUUGACCCUAAUAAUAUGACUGAAUUUGACGAAGAUGAUCCUUCCUUGUAUUAUCCGCCUCCAUAUAGUUUUGUCUAUAAAAGCAAUUAUAGCAAUAUAGUGCCUCCUGGCCCUCUAGUUCCUGGAAUAGUGCUUCCUCCUCCUCCAGACUUUUUCACUCGAUUAAACGAUACAAAGCCUAAAAAGCCUGGCAAGACGACACAAGAUGUAAUUACUCGACUGCAGAAAAUAAAUGGCCGCACAAAACUUUACACCACCACUCUUCGACCGACUGUACCUUCAGGAAAAACUAGUACAGGUCGUACUGUUCUUAAGCCAAAGCCUGUGAGUGUAGAAGUCACAAAGGCUAAAGUUCGAGGCCCAAUUGAUCCGAUCAAAGACUUUGACCGGUUUAAUUAUGUCAAACCAACUAGUACACCCAUUCAACAUUCCACAACGACAACAAUCAAACCUACAACUGUAUAUUACAACUACUUCGAGGCAACCGAGCCUUCUUCAACCACAAAACGACCAAAAACAAAUGGACGUACCAUGACUUACAAAGAAAUCGUGCGAAAACCUAUCAAUUAUGACUCCAGUACAACUACAUCAACGAAAAAGCCGCUUCCUGCAAACACUUACUUACCUGUUCAGUCACAUGAAUUCGAUAAAUUUGUCUACAUUACUCCAAAGCCGGAGAUCAGAAACAAUGGUCGACCAACUACAGAAAAUUAUGACUUUGUUCCAAUAAGUAACAUACAGUUCCUUCCCUCAAAACAAUCGCAAAUUAAAUCAUUUGAAGAUGAAAUUGAAACAAUUAAACAAACUUUGAAGUUUUACAAAACUACAACACCGUCCUCAAAGUUGACUUCAUCUACUUCUCGACCGGUGUAUGAAUACUCCUUUGGCACACAGAAUAACAACGAUAACUAUGGAUUUAAACCAAUCAUACCGAACUAUCAAGGUUACUUUAGCGAAGCAGUGACUGAUGCACCAGCAUUUUAUCCUAGUACAACUAUCCUAUCACCUUAUUCUGUCAAAUCCAAAAAGCCUAAAGCUGGUCGUGGUCAUACUAUUACUCAAACAUUAUACGACUCACACAGUGAUGCAACAACCGAAUUUCCCGUUUAUCCAUCGACACGUAUUCCAUAUUAUGUGCCAAAAUAUCACCAGAGCUCCACGCAAAAUCCUCAUGCAGCCAUUGUCUCCAUUGAGAAACAGAUUUUACGCGAAUUAAUCCCACAAACGGGCGCCAUUCCACAUAGUAACUUUAAUAGUAAUAAAAAUAAUCAGCAACAAUCAUCACGCUUCAAGCAAUAUUACCAGCAACCUCAUGAGCAAUAUCACACAAAAACGAGACCACAUCAAGAGGAAGUGACACAACAAAUAUAUUAUGAUGCUCGUAAGCCACUAGAACGCGUUGUGAUUGGAAACCAAACAUACAUUGUUUAUCGCAUCAAAGGUUCUUCAGCAAGACCUUAUCAAACACAAAGUCCUUCCUCAAGACCUCGUCCUCAUACUCCACUAAGACAACACUCACAGCUUCAUCAUCAUUAUCGUGAGCCAACGAAUGGUCAUCAACAACCAAUUACGCUUGAUAGUGAUAUACAUGUCAAUUAUAGACACCCAUUACCUGAAAUUAAUCCCGAUAGUGAAUUCAUUCCAAGCUACAAUCCAGCAGAUAUAGCUCAACAUAGCACCGUCUCUGGAAAAUAUCAACGCGAUCCACAGUUGAUACAAUAUAAAUUACCAGGGGAUCAAGCUCAUGUCUACUUUUUGCCACCAGUGAAAAGAUAAUAGCCAUGCUAAUCUGAACGAAAUGUUUGCUUUCUUUUUUCUGUCUUUUCCAAAAUUAUCUUACUGAUGUUGUGAUAAAGUACAUAUAAAUUUAUAUUUCUUGCUUGAAUACUCUAAAACCGCUCAAAAUUUCUUUUAAUAUAAAAUAUGUAAUUACUUAUUUAGUAAAUUAUUAUUAUUUUACCAACA